AUGACGGAUGUUGCCAUGGAGGAUCCUUCUUUGCAGACCGCUGGCCAGCAAAAUGCACGCAAGGCGGCCCAGCAUGCUCGACUUAGCUAUGAUGUGGAGACAUUCAUCGCAGAGAGUGUGCAGAAGGGAGAAUUUCUUCAGUGUGUUCAGACGGCCGUGGACUAUGUGUCUGCCAAGAUUGACCGCGAGGCUGAGUCCAAGAGAUUCACGACACGUUCUGCAGAGGAUGUACGAGAUAUGCUGACGAGCAAGAAGACCGUGCAAGUCGGAGGCUCCUUGGGCUGGUUGUCGCUCACGGAGUGGGGAUUCCCGCUCCAGGCCCUCUCCUCGGCACGUGUCCUCCACGUGGCCAAGCAGUGGAGUGGUGUUCCCAUCGAGCUGGCUGAGAUCCUUGGAACCACCACGGUGAAUUCCGACCUCUGGCUGCAGGACAGGUUCCAGGAUCUUGUCCGUGCCGACAACGAUGCGGGGAUCGCUGCCGUGUGCGUGCUUGUGCACAUGAUGCGGGCAGAUGAGCAUGCGGAGUUUUGGAUGCUACGCAGCUUGAGAGACAUCUGCUACGUUUUCAGAUCAAUGGGGACAGACCUUGAAUUCUCCAUCUCCAAAUUCUCGGCUUCGGAGAAGGAGGAAGAGGAACGACAGGUGAUUGGAUUGAGUGCAGCCAGGAAAUGCGUCGUGAUUGCAGCGCUCCUGGACAAAGGCAAGGGUGCGGUCAGCGACACAAAAUCAGAGGAGGCCCUCGCGAAGAAAAUUCUGGCGAGCCACCCGGAGCUCAAAUGGACUAGCGAGACGCUUCUGCGGUACUCGGGUAUGGGACGGAAGCUGGCGGCAAGCCCGCUGACCAUGGGGGCUCUGAGUUGCUCGGAGCACUGUUUCGGCCGAAAGUCGUUUUUCGAUGGCGUGGCCGUCAUGCGUGCACUCCUGGGACUCAACUUCACCGACGAAGAGAAUGCCUACGUGGUGACUACUCUCAAGUGGGAGCAGGAGCUGAAAUAUCGCCGAACGUUGGCUCCCAUUCGUGCCGGCGCAGGUCGUUUCGACAUCCCCAAGGUCCUGAAAUCCAUUCUCAUCCGCCGAGACUUCUUCGUUCAUCUUCGAGCAACGUAUCCGAAGCUCGACAGUCAGCUUGCCGAGUUUGGAAAGCUUAGCUGGUAUGCGGCACAGGCGAAGCCUGCGACCUGUGAUGACGAGGAGCCGGAACCGGUUGAAGAGGACGAGAAGGCUCAAGAGGGUCCGGUUUCUUCCUACUCGAGCCUGAAGAUCCUCGUGGGCCUCUGCACCAGAAUCUGCAAGGCUGGCAUGGAUUUGUCCAUGUGCAGGAUCGCUGCUGAUUCUGUUCCUGGCAAGAUGCUAGCGAUGACGUCGCAGGAUGAAGUGUUGUCAAAGCAGCUGCAAAAGGUGGCCACCUUUUACGCCGUCGACUUCCCGGCGAAAUCCAGCACCGCCUCCGAUACCGCCGUCAUGCACUCCAUCGGUGACACAGCGCUGGAGGUGGCGUUGUCCAAGGUCAUCUCCAGCCAAGAUGAAUACAGAGUCGAGUUGGCCAAGUACAAUACGGAUGCUGAGAACCACAAGAUGACCGCGGCCAAAAACUUCGUUCGUGACAGGAUCACCCUUGUCAUCAGUGAGGACAUGGGCAAGGAGAAGCUGGCCAAGCUCCCGCUCAUCCGGGAGAACAAGAUCAAGCUUGUGGUGUAUGGGGCGGAAUUGGAUGGUCCGCAAGAUUGGGAGGUCAUCAAAAAGAGGAGGCUCAAUGCCUUUGCAGGCACAGGCCCAGGAAUCAGCCGAGACAGAGUUGAGAAGGCGGUGGCCUGCUUCCAGGAACUUCAAUUCACAGAUACAGAGUACGGGCAGCAGAUGGUGUUCAUCGCUACAUGCAAGCAAGAUUCGCACAUGCGUGCGAGCUCUUCUCCGCUCGAGAUCGUCAAGAAAGAGAUCUCCGUGUUAAAGGCGCCGCUGGUGGUCGGAGUGAUCGAAGCGCACGAGGCCUCGAUGUUGCAACGUUUCCGGCGUGGCAAGCGCCCGUUCGGACAGAAAAUCGAAGAAAAGCUGGUAGCGUGCUGCCGCAAAGGCUUUUCGCAGUGCCUGCAGGGCCGCAGCAAAUUCCUCGAGUGCGACACGUACUUUAACAAAUGGCCAAUUACAGUGCAAGACAGUGAUCUGUUGUUCGGCGCGGACGAGGCGCCCGACCGCCAGGCCACGCAGGAAGGCGAGGAAGACGGUUAUGAUGUCUCCGCGGAGUGCAAGGAGAAUCAUAUCAUACCCUUUGCGCACGAACACUCCCCAGUGCUGUACCAAGCCAUGCUGGAGUGCCGUGGCUUACUUCCGAUAUGGUCCAUUGAAGGGGUUAAAAGAGGUUUAGAUAACAGACCAGACAGAGCAUUUUCGGAUAAAGUGACAAAUUGGUUCGAUAGGCUUGGCCUUCCUCCACGAAGCAAUAGACAGACCAGGAUCUUCCGAGCCGAAGUCUUGGUCAUGCUGACGGCGGGCUCGGGGCAGGGCCUCUUGGGUGCCAUCUUGAGCGGCUGCAGAGCCGUGGGGCUGGUGAGGAACGUGAAGCACCAGGCUUAUGUGAUGGGCAAUCUGACACGGUGGGUGGCGCAGAAGUCGCUCACUCCGGGUUUCGUGCCCCUUCCAAAGCCGCAGGAGCUUGUCAAAUUUGAGAAAGACAACAGGCUUGCCAUGGGAGUCGGCAGUGGCAACAGUGGCACCGCGCCAAAUCCUGCCGUGGCGCCCAAGAGUGCUCCGGUGACUGGGCCUGUGACUCCGAUUCUGGUCACGCCACCCCGCCCGACGGGUGGGACUGGGCAAUCUCCGACGCCUGAUUCCAAGGGGAAUGGCAAAAACAAGGCUGGCAGCAAGACUUCCAGCCCCAGCCCUUCUCCCGGCACCGGCAAUUUGCUGUCCAUGUUCGGUAAAGCCAGCGGUCUUUAG